CUCUCUCCCUUCCCUCCCUCCCCUCUCUGUUGGGUUUGUGCGCUGGGGCGCCGGAUCCCCUCCGCAGCCGGGACGCGCGGAACUCGAGGCAGGAGUCGGCUCUCUGGAGCCUGCUAGUCCUACCCUUCCCCUUCCCUGCCCCCUUCCCCCAUCCUCCGACUGGGGCUCGGAGCGGCGGCCGGAGGAACCCCGAGCCCGUCCAGGGCCCUGAGCUGGAGGGAUGGAGAACUCCUCAGCAGUAUCCGCCUCCUCCGAGGCUGGGAGCAGCCGCUCCCAGGAGAUUGAGGAGCUGGAGCGCUUCAUCGACAGCUACGUGCUUGAGUACCAAGUGCAGGGGCUGCUGGCGGACAAGACAGAGGGGGAUGGCGAGAGUGAGAAGACACAGUCCCACAUCUCGCACGAGGAAGCGCUCAAUGGUGGACUACCCAUGAAAAGCUUAACAGAAGAAUGGACAGCGAACUGCAGCGUGCAGCUGGACAGCAGCUGUUCCUUCUCCCAAGGGCGAGCCCCGCCACAGCAGAAUGGCAGCAAAGACAGCUCUCUGGACGUGCUGGGCACGGACAUCUGGGCUGCCAACACCUUCGAUUCCUUCAGUGGUGCCACCUGGGACCUGCAGCCUGAAAAGCUGGACUUCACCCAGUUCCACCGGAAGCUCAGACACAUGCCCAAGCAGCCGCUACCACACAUCGACCGUGAAGGGUGUGGAAAGGGAAAGCUGGAAGAUGGGGACAGCAUCAACCUGAAUGACAUCGAGAAGGUCCUCCCAACCUGGCAGGGCUACCACCCGCUGCCCCACGAAGUGGAGAUUGCGCACACGAAGAAGCUGUUCCGGAGGAGGAGAAACGACCGAAGGCGGCAGCAGAGACCUCCAGGAGGGAACAAGUCCCAGCAGCAUGGAGACCACCAGCCUGGUACUGCCAAACACAACAGGGACCACCAGAAAUCCUACCAGGGCGGCUCGGCGCCCCACCCCUCAGGGAGGCCCACCCACCACGGCUACAGCCAGAACCGACGCUGGCACCACAGCAACACGAAGCACCCACCAGGGGACAAGGGGGAGGCAGGCGCCCACCGCAACGCCAAAGAGACCUUGACCAUGGAGAACCCCAAACUUGAGGACGCCCUGGGGGACGCCGGGCACGGCAGCCUCGAGCCCCCCCGCAGUCCCGAGGCCCCAGCCCCGGAGGCUUCCGAAAGGCUGCCCCCUCAGCAGCCAGGGGGCCUGGAGGCCGAGAGCAAGCGUAAAGACAGUAUUUUUCCCGAGCGCCUCGGGGAGCGGCCCAAAAUUACCCUGCUCCAGUCUUCCAAAGACAGGCUGCGGCGAAGACUGAAAGAAAAGGUACCGGAUGAAGUGACAGUGGAGACGACCAACCCUCAGCACAGCAAGAUGGACAAGUUGAUCGAGAUCCUGAACAGCAUGCGGAACAACAGCAGCGACGUGGACGCCAAGCUCACCACCUUCAUGGAGGAGGCCCAGGACUCCACCAACUCUGAGGAGAUGCUGGGAGAGAUCGUACGGACCAUCUACCAGAAGGCCGUGUCCGACCGCAGCUUCGCCUUCACCGCAGCCAAGCUCUGCGACAAGAUGGCGCUCUUCAUGGUGGAGGGGACCAAGUUCCGGAGCCUGCUCCUCAACAUGCUUCAGAAGGACUUCACGGUGCGGGAGGAGCUGCAGCAGCAGGACGUGGAGCGCUGGCUGGGCUUCAUCACCUUCCUGUGCGAGGUGUUCGGCGCCAUGCGUAGCAGCACGGGCGAGCCCUUCCGUGUGCUGGUCUGUCCCAUCUACACCUGCCUCAGGGAGCUCCUGCAGUCUCAGGAUGUGAAGGAAGAUGCCGUCCUGUGCUGCUCGAUGGAGCUGCAGAGCACAGGCCGGCUGCUGGAGGAGCAGCUGCCUGAGAUGAUGACUGAGCUCCUGGCCAGCGCCCGAGACAAGAUGCUGUGCCCCUCAGAGUCCAUGCUGACCCGGUCGCUGCUCCUGGAGGUCAUCGAGCUCCAUGCCAACAGCUGGAACCCUCUGACGCCCCCCAUCACGCAGUACUACAACAGAACCAUCCAGAAACUGACAGCCUGACAGCCAGGGGGCCUGGCGGGCGGCCCACGGGCAGCUGGGGCCUCGUGCACAGGGCCAGAUGGACAGGCGGGAGGACAGAGGUGGCCCUGGUGGGAGAAAGAAACGGGCAGGAAGGCAGGCAGAGCCGGCGGCCAGCCUGGAGCCAGAAGGGGAAGGGAUCAAAUCCCUAGGAGGCGAACCCCCAGCCAGCCCCCAGCCAGCCCCAGCAUGCAGCAGCUCACACCAAUAAGGGAAGCAUGUUUCUUUUUCAUGGUGGCUCCGGCCCUUGCCCCUCCUC